AUGUUGAGAGCCAGCAAGUCCCUCUUCCGAUCAUCAAAGAACAAUUCAAGAUUAUCUAUUUUGGCUAAUCAAAGAGCCAACUACUUUACCGAUGCUUUCAAUGAAAACGAUAAAUUCACCAAGGAAUUGAACAAAUAUCCAGUGAUUACUGAAGGAUUUGGAGGUGAAUAUGCCCAACAAUUGUUCAGACAUGGUUUCAAUACCAACCAACUCGGAUACAUCAAGUUGAGCUUGGAAGAAGUUUUGGCUUUCUUCAAGAAACAAGGUACACCACUCACUGCAACUACUGAGGCUUUCACUCAGUUUUUGAAACAAUCUGGAGUUGCUCCUGAGGUUGGAUCUGACUUGUUGGCAACUGUUUAUCAAAGAGGUCAAGAAACCAUCUUUGAAACCAUUGUCAGGGAAUACGCCAAGUUGUACAAUGCUCAUUUCCAAAUUGCUUACGGAAAAUUGACCAUGGCAGAACCAUUGCCAGCCAAAUAUACUACUCACCUUUUCAAGAUGAAGAUGGCUGCUGUCGGAACUCUUGCUCCACUCAAGACCAGAGUUGCCUUCAGUCAAGAUUACUUGCCAUCUGAUCUUGGUGGAUGGAGAGCUGACGUUGGUGAAGACAGUAUUGACAAGUCAUAUGUCACAGAACUCGGUAAGAUCAUUACUGACGAAAAGCAAAACUCUGUUUUGAGAUCCCUCUAA